UGUCCGUAACUAUUAGUUCCAAUUCAUUUUACUCUCUCCAUAAAUCUCCCCGCAGCUCUCUUCCCUGAAUAAGACAUAAGACCCAAUCCCUUACUAAACCAGUCAAGGUGCAUACAUUACGCGUGUCCCCCAACACCUCGCCUUUUCUUCUUCCUCGUCCAUCUACCCCUCCACUCCUCUACCAACACCAAUCCGACCCCAAAAGACUCUAGAAAACUUGCGACUCGCCUCCUACUUCGUACCACGCCUCUUACGUCCGGACAUCUCUUCCCACGCCAGGACGGCGGGGUCCCUCGGAGUUCUCGGCUUGACUUUGCGUGCGCAUUGAUAGAGCGAGGGAUACAGAGAAGUACCCGACUUUUCGUCUUCUCGCAGGCCGACCGCAACACCCUCAGCUGGUCGGUGACGUGGCUCACCACCCCACUCAAUCACACAAUGUUCCGUCCCCUCAGCACCCGCAUCGCUGCCGGCGCAUCACGAUCCAAAGCUGCCGUUUCCACUCGCACUCUCACUCCCUCCGCCGUCAUCCCCAUCUUGUCCGCCGCUCAAACACAUCACGCCCACCGCUCUCCGCAGCACCAGGUCCGAGGCCUCCGUAGCGGUGUUCCUCGCCUCGACAAACCCGGUUCUUACUCCCGAACCGAUCCCGACGUCACGGUCGAGUACCCCGAAGACCACGAGCUUCCGAGCAGCAAGCCGGUUCGGGGCCAUGGCGGCGGCUUCGCCAAGCCUACCCUCGCUUCUUUCUCCCUGGAAGAUACUGUCACCGUUGUGACCGGCGGCGCCCGUGGUCUGGGUCUCGUCAUGGGACAGGGUGUGGCUUAUUCGGGGGGGGACCUGGCCAUUGUCGACCUGAACUUGGAAGAGGCGGAGAGCCAGGCGAAAAACAUCAUUGAAGCCUUCCGCAAGGAGAAUCCCGAAGCCGACAAGCUCCCCCGCGUAACGGCCCACCACGCCGACGUCUCGGACCCGGAAUCCGUCGACGCCUGUAUCGCCAAUGUCAUCGCCAAGCAUGGCCGUAUCGACAACCUCGUCACCUCGGCCGGGUUUACCGAGAACUUCGACGCCAUCCACUAUCCCAUCGAACGCAUGCGCAAGCUCUGGUCCGUUAACGUCGACGGGACCUAUCUCUUCGCCAUCGGCGUCGCCAAGCACCUCAUAGACCGCAAGGCCCAAGGCAACAUGGUCUUCAUCGGCUCCAUGUCGGGCGCCAUCGUCAACAUUCCCCAGCCUCAGGCACCUUACAACGCAGCAAAGGCCGGCGUCCGUCAUCUCGCCGCCUCCCUCGCCGUCGAGUGGGCCCACUGCGGCAUCCGCGUGAACUGCAUCUCCCCGGGUUACAUGCUCACGGCCCUGACCCAGAAGAUCCUCGAUGAUAACCCAGACCUCAAGCAGAAGUGGACCUCUCUCAUUCCCCAGGGCAAGAUGGGACAGCCGAAGGACCUCAUGGGACCGGUCACGUUCCUGCUUUCGGACGCUUCUCAGUAUGUCACUGGCGCGGAUCUGCGUGUCGACGGUGGUUACACCGUUACCUAAAACAGGGCCACAGCAGAUCGCCAGAUCGCCAGAUGGGGGCAGUUUGGGAAAUCAUCCCGCAUUUUCUGUUGUACUCUCUGCAUGGGGAGCCAAAAGACAAAACUACGAGUCUCUUUCUGUUUUAACGGGUUUUCUAUUCUUUGACAGGCGGAGUUUUUAUGCACGGCCCACGUUGGCAUACCAUACGGGUAGAUUAAUGACUAGUAAUAAUCAAAAAGUCGGGCGCGGCACAGAGCAGGUCAUGCCUGCCGUUGGCUCUUGGCCGAUCCCGAAUAGCAACGUCCAGCUUUUUCUUGAAUCCUUUUUUCCCCCUGGGUUUCUUUCAAGUCUCCAGCCUGCAUUCUGGGGACAGAACCCCGGCUUCCAUUCAGCUUUCAAUUUUCAUCCCAUGCCCGGCCCGGGCCGAUGCUUACGG